AGGUCGAGUUGUGGGAGGGGAAAAGGAAGAGGUGGAGGGGGGCGGGGCCGUCCCAGAAGAUGGCGGAGGCGGGGGAUUUCUGGUCGGUCCUAUUUCAGGGCAAGAUGCGGUUCUGUUGAAACUCCAAUCUGCUUUGAUUCACAGACAAGUUGCUUCAGCUGGGAAGCCUUUUUUUUCUUUUUUUUUUUUUCUGCUGGCCUACUGAACUUAUGAAACCAUGGCAGAAGGAGAGACAGAGUCACCUGGGCCCAAAAAGCGCGGUCCUUACAUCUCAUCUGUAACUAGCUGGAGUGUAAAUUUGAUGAUUCGAGGAGUAGUGCUGUUUUUUAUUGGAGUAUUUCUGGCCUUAGUGUUAAAUUUACUUCAGAUUCAGAGAAACGUGACCCUUUUCCCACCUGAUGUGAUUGCGAGCAUCUUUUCUUCAGCAUGGUGGGUACCACCGUGCUGUGGCACAGCUUCAGCAGUGAUUGGGUUAUUAUACCCCUGCAUUGACAGGCAUCUAGGAGAACCCCAUAAAUUUAAAAGAGAGUGGUCCAGUGUAAUGCGGUGCGUAGCCGUCUUUGUCGGUAUAAAUCAUGCCAGCGCUAAAGUGGACUUUGAUAACAACAUACAGUUGUCUCUCACACUGGCCGCACUCUCCAUUGGACUGUGGUGGACUUUUGAUAGAUCUCGAACUGGUUUUGGCCUUGGAGUAGGAAUUGCUUUCUUGGCUACCUUGGUCACUCAACUGCUAGUCUAUAAUGGUGUUUAUCAAUAUACUUCUCCAGAUUUUCUCUAUGUUCGCUCUUGGUUACCAUGUAUAUUUUUUGCUGGAGGCAUUACAAUGGGAAAUAUUGGUCGACAACUGGCAAUGAGAACUUUGGAUGUUUUAAUAUAUAAUGAAGAUGAACUUCCAUAGAACAUUUUUCAAACCUGCAUUACUGGAGAGAGUCCAAAGAGUAAUUUUCUGUUUUGGCAGAUUUUACUGGAGGUAAAAGUGAUGAGCAGAAAAGGCUAUCAGCAUUAAAGUUUUUCUCUCUGAACCUAAAAGAGUACAUAUGUAUAAAUAAAAGUAAUGACCAUUGGGGAAUUUACCUAGAAUAAAUGUAUGUUUUAGAAAUACAAAAUGACCUUCUGCAGUGCCACAAAGUGUUGAGUAAUAUUAACUGUUAUUCGCAAUAUAGAAUCCUUCUGCUUUUGUACAUGGAACACCUAAAAAAUCCCAAACAGAUCUAAAUGAAGUUUCUAAUUCUAUUGGGUUCUGUCCUUGGGUUCCAAAAUCUAUUGGGCUGUAUAAAUUAAACCACUUUGGUUGUGCUGGGUCAUUGUCAGAGGAAUGCCAUCUGGGGAAUGCCUGGGCACAUAAUUUCCUAUCUAUUCAUAUGCCAUUAGUGAAUAGUUCAAACCUGUUUAAGAAUGUAUUGAGAUGGCAUAUUAUGCAUGUUAGAAAUCUUGAUAACAAUUUUGUGCAUUUUUUUAAAACACAACGAGUCAUUUAAAUAUGGCUUGAAUAUAUUUUUAGUUAACUUUUCCCUCACUUUUCAGUUUUGAAAUUGAUGGCAAUUUUUUGAUACACAAGGAUGAAUGAAAUCUGCUUACUCUGUGUUUGUGUUUGUGUGUGUGCGUAUGUGCUGAACUGAGUGAGAGAAUAUAUGUGUGUACGUAUAUGUAUGUGCAUGUGCCCAUGCUCUUUUGACAUGUUAACUAGAAAUUUAAAAAAAAUUUGGAUAUAAAACCGUUGCUGUCAGACUGAGAUCUUGUAUGCCAAACUUUAAUGUGCUUUUUGCAUUUUAAGGCUGAAAGUGUUAAAAUCCUAAGAGGAUUUGAUAUUGAAUAAAUGUAAACAAUCUUAACUAUAGUGGUGGUUAACAUACUACUAUAAUUUAUUAUUCUGUCUUCCAGAUAAUGUUAUUCAUUUAGAACAAAAAAGUAUAUUUUUAGAAUCAACUUUGUAAGCACUAUAAAUCUUUAAUAAGUUAUAAGGUCUAUGAUGUGUUUACUUUGAAAAUUGCUGUUAAAAGCAAGGUGUAUUAAAUACAUAAUUAUAUUCUUGGUUAAGAGUCUUUUUUUCUUUCUUGUGUUAAGUCAUAGAAUAUAGUAAUGAAGAUUAAUAAAAUUAAGAUGUAUGGUUGAUUUUACUAGGAUAUGAUGAAAGGAAAUUAAGUUUAGUUUUACAGUAAUUGAAUGAUGUCAUUUUGGGGUUCUUAAGUUAUUUUCAAAUCAUCUAGAAAAUAUGAAAAGAUGUGGCAAAAGUAAAAUUGAUUUGAAAUUUUGAUAAGUAUAUAGAUAUAUUACAUCUUUUUUGCAACAAAAGUAAGUAGUAAACAUCUUUUAACAUUGUUAUAUUUGGAGUGCUUUCUUUUUGUUUUGUUCUGUCAUCAACAUUUUUAUUUAGUGUAGCAUAUGGCAGGAUGUAAAUAUGCCUUUCUUAUUAAGGGCAGGCUUUUGUAUAACUAAGAUUUGUGGACAACAUUUUAUACAACAACAAAAAAGUAAAUCUGUAAACUAUCAGAAAAGGAAAAUAAACAUUUAAUUUAAAUUAUAGAGGGCAGUUACAAUGAAACUCCAUCACUUUUCUAGCUCAAGUUUACAAAAUAAAGUCAAUCCUGAUAAUAUCACUCCUAACACAAAUACAGAACCCAAACCUUAGAAAUUGGCUGUUAUUCCCAAGCCUUGAAAAUAGGAGAUAAUAAAGAUAUUGAAUCAAAAGCAUAUAUAGGCAAAAACAUAAUAUUGAUAAGUGGUUGCAUUGUUGGGGCGUGUUGCAAGCUAAACACAUGUGAAGUCAUCCCUGAGAAUACAGCGGUCUGUGCCGUAGUCUGCCUUUGUCAGGGGCAGACUGAGCAACCACAGCCCUGGCACCGCAGCUGGAUUUCCUGAUGAAAAUCUUGCCAGACUACCACCAUUGACAGAAGACUGUGAAAGACUCAACUCCAGUUAAGGACGAAGAACAAGCCAUGACAUCAACAUUUUCUCUUCAGCCACCAUCUUUUGAAAGGGUCAAGUUUUUAUGUCCUCUUGGCAGGUCACAGCAUUGACUUUAUUUUGUAAACCUGAGUUAGAAAAGUAAUGGAUUUUCAUUGUAACUGCCCUCUAUAAUUUAUAUAAAAUGUUUAUUUUCCUUUUCUGAUAA